AUGGAUGGUGUCAUGUAUCGCGGCGGCCAGAUGAUCCCUGGCGCGGAUACGUUCAUCCGACAACUGCGCGAAGACGGUACUCCGUUUCUGUUUCUCACCAACAACAGACAACGCACGCGACGCGAUGUGGUGACGAAACUGGCCCGCAUGGGCAUUGAAGUAGAAGAGCGUCAGGUGUUUACCUGUGCGAUGGCAACCGCACGUUUCCUGGCCAGCCAGAAGCCAAACGGUACGGCCUACGUACUUGGCGAAGGGGGUCUGCUGAAUGCCCUUCACCAGAAUGGCUACUCGGUGGUCGACCACGAUCCCGACUUUGUCGUCGUCGGCGAAGGUCGCACGCUCAAUUGGGACCAGUUGGAAACGGCGACCCAAAUGAUUUUGGAUGGUGCCAAGCUGAUUGCUACGAACGACGAUCCAAACUGCCCAACUUCACGCGGUACGCGUCCGGGAGCAGGAGCAACGAUCGCCUUUCUGGAAGAAGCGACCGGCCGAAAGGCUUUAAGCAUCGGCAAGCCUAGCCCGCUGAUGAUGCGAAUGGCUCGUAAAGAAAUCGGCUUGGAAACUUCCGAGACCGUGAUGAUCGGCGACACCAUGGAAACCGAUAUCCUGGGUGGCGUGCAGAUGGGGUACCAGACGAUUCUGGUUCUCUCAGGUGGGACUCGUUUGGAAGAUAUUCCGAAGCAUCCGUACCAGCCCGACUUGAUUAUUGAUUCGGUUGCGGAACUGGUUCGCAAGAACUUUGAAGAACCUGUCACGCUGCGAACUCCGGUCACGGUUCCGGACGACGCUGCCAACGAGUUUGUCGCUUCGCUUCGCCGUUAA